UUGCUUAAUUUUUCAGGAUGGGACUUCUGAAAUUGUUCGUGAGUGCUUUGAUACUUGUGCUUGUGAAUUCCAACUGCGUAGCGAAUUGUCAGGAAUUGCAUGGCAGUGACUCCCAGUAUUCGUCAGGAGUAUCUCAGCAGCCACGGAAUUACGUGAGCAAUGGGGAAGGUGUCGCUGCUUACCAACAAGCUCAUGUUCGGAAUGCUGUGAAUCAACACAGUGGAUACAGCGCUUAUUACAGGACGGACUAUUAUGACCCCAGGGCCACGUGCAGCUCUCACUUCGGACAAUCGGGCACGUGCAAACCCCUGGUCAGCUGCUCCAUCCACUACACAAGGAUCGUAGAUGCUUUGCAGACACCAUGUUACUUGCCUGAUGGCAUGGUGGGGGUCUGCUGUCAAGACCAGAGCCCAGCCCCUUACCCACCCAACAAUGAAAUAAUCCUGGACGUGAAGGGCAAGAAGAAGAUCAGGUUCCCCAACAUCAGCCCGUACGAAGUGACGUCCGCUGUCAAGUCGGGCCAGAGGGCCGUGCAGAAGGUGCAACUGCUCCAGGAAGAGCUCUUCAGGCAGAACAUCGUGGUUCCCCGAGAAACGUCGGCGUCGUACCACCAGAAGUUCUUCACCACCACCCAACGGGCCCUGGACCAGGGCGUGGGGGCUUCGAAAAAUCUGGAAGCCUGCAAAACGCUCGUCAACAGAUUCUCCUUGUCAAAGGAUCAAGCACUGUUUGGUUUGCCAACACUAUCAGUCAUGGAGACUGACAUUGCAAGCACCUGUCCUUCUGUGCCAAACUGUAACACUGACACCAGGUACAGAGCCAUUGAUGGAUCUUGCAAUAACCUGCAAAAUCCAAACUGGGGAAGAGCCAGAACUGCAAUGCAGCGUAUUUUGGAGCCGGAUUACGCUGAUGGUCACUGCCAGCACCCAGGGAUGACUGUGCUUUUGGACCCAGGCAGCAGGUCAGUGAAGCAGGAAAAAAUAAUGUAUAUUGACAUCAGCUCAAACUAUUUUACGAACUUUGGACAGUCUCAUUUGGUUCACAAAAUUUACGUCCAAAAGGAGUGA